GGAGCACGAGUACCACCCGGACAACAUUUGGAGGCGGACUGGACGGAGCUCGAACGCUGGAGGGAGAUUUGAGAGGCGCAUGGACGACGGCCGUCCGCGAACUUUACCUGCCGCACAUUUACUUUGGUUUAUUUCCCGUAUUUUUUAACCACAAUGUCAUCAGACAGUGACAUACAAACGACACCCAGAGGGUUCCACUGCACCCUCUGCAAGGUCAACUUACCCAACGAGCCGAGCCUGGAUCAGCAUUUGAAGGGGCGAAAGCAUCAGACGCUGAAGACGGUGCGGGCCACCAGGAAGACCCAGGAGGAGCACAGCGUGUUUGUUAGUGGCAUUAAGCCCGAAAUAUCCCAGACUGACUUAACUGAGUACUUCCAGAAGUUUGGGAAUGUCUCAGAUGUUAUCAUGGAUAAAGACAAGGGGUUGUACGCCAUCGUGCAGUUCAAUGAGACGGAGAGCGUGCACACGACUCUGUCCUGUUUGGAGCACCAGAUGAAAGGCCUGCGCCUGCGCGUUAAACCUCGGGAAAAGAAGGAGUUCAAGCUGAUUCCCAAGAAGAAUGACCCCCACAACCUCCAGCAGGCCUUCGACCGGCUGAAGCCGGAGCUGUGUCAGCUGGCGUCUGUGGGUGCGCAGGUGCAGCACAUAGUGGAGCGGUUUCAGCUCGGAGAAAACGAGAAGAAGGCCCGAGGCUUGUUGGUCCAGCUCCUCCAGGAAGUCUUUGUGGAAUUUUUUCCAGACAGCCAGAUCCUGCCCUUCGGAUCAUCCGUCAACACUUUUGGAGUCCACUCCUGUGACCUGGACCUGUUCUUGGACCUUGAAAACACCAGGAUGUUCCAAGCCCAUGCCAAGACCACCACAGAGCAGGCGGGUGAAGGAACGUCGGACGACGGGCGCUCUGAGGACUCCAUCCUGUCUGAUAUCGACCUCUCCACGGCCUCGCCGGCGGAGGUCCUGGAGCUGGUGGCCACCAUCCUGAAACGCUGUGUUCCCAGUGUGCACAAAGUCCACGUGGUCAGCACCGCCCGCCUCCCCGUGGUCAAGUUCCAUCAUAAGGAGCUUAACCUGCAGGGGGACAUCACCAUCAACAACAGGUUGGGAGUGAGGAACACCCGCUUCCUGCAGCUGUGUUCAGGCAUAGAGGACAGGCUGAGACCCCUGGUGUACACCAUCCGCUACUGGGCCAAACAGAAGCAGCUCGCUGGUAACCCCAGUGGCGCGGGCCCCCUCCUCAACAACUAUGCCCUCACGCUGCUGGUCAUCUUCUACCUUCAGCGCUGCCAGCCUCCCGUCCUCCCCACCGUGGACCAGCUCAGAGACAUGGCGUGCGAGGAGGAGGCCUGUGUGAUAGAAGGCUGGAACUGCACCUUCCCCAGUCAGCCCAUCGCCGUGCCCCCCAGCACCAACACACAGGACCUCUGCUCGCUGCUGGCCGGCUUCUUCUCCUUUUAUGCCAACUUCGACUUCGCCGGCAGCGUGGUCUCUCUGCGGGAGGGCCGCGCGCUGCCCGUGGUGCAGUUCCUGGGCCGGGACAAAGCGCCAGAGGAGGCGCCGGCCGGCCCCAAACUGGGGCCGCUCAACCUGCUGGACCCCUUCGAGCUCUCGCACAACGUGGCGGGGAACCUGAGCGAGCGCGGCCAGCGCGGCCAGCGCGGCUUCCAGCGCGAGUGCCAGGAGGCCCACAAGUACUGCCGCAGCCUGCAGUACCAGCGCAAGUCGGCCAAGGGCAAGCCCUGGGGGCUGGCGCGCCUCCUGGCGCCCCGCGGGGGGGGCCAGCCGCCGCCCCCCCGGCCGGAGCAGCCCGCCAUCAGCAUCCCCUUCAGGCCGGCGGCGCUCCCGGAGGCGCUGCGGCGGGAGCUGCGCUCGGCCGGAGACGGCUUCCGGCCGCUGUGGUUCCGGAGGGUCUGCGGGGCGGUGGAGGGGGUGCUGGGGUCAGUCCUCGGGUGUCGGCUCCUCGCCUCGCCGGACGGCCCGCCCCCCGAGGACGGCGAGGACCCCGAGAUGGAGGCAGAGAUGGAGGCCGGCCCGGACAGCAGCCCCCCGGCGGUAGCGGCGGGCACCAAGAGGCCGCCGCCCCCCAGCGGCGAGGCCUCCCCCCCGCCGGGGAAAAGGCCCCGAGUGGCGAAGGAGAAGCCGGCGCCCCCGCCGUCGUGGAGCUGCGUCCAGACGCACGCGGUGUGGGCCGGCCGCAGGAAGGUGAGGCGGGAGCUGGCCAAAGGCCCGGACUCCAGGCCAGAGGGAAGCUGCACGGAGCUGGAGGCCCAGGUCAGCGCCCACAUCGCCCACAGCCAGCCGGAGCUCAAGGAGCCCCUGGAGUUCAGGGUCCAGGCGCAGAUGGCCGGCGGGACAGAGAGCACCAAGGCCGUGCUCACGCUGGAGCCCGCCAACGACGGGGCGGGCGUCUUUCAGGACUUCUUUCACUUUCUGGAGGCCUUCUUACCAAAGAUGGUGGAGACCAUGCUGGAGAAGGAGGGGGGCGGCACUUAG